UUUGGCUUUCUCCCUAAAAAAUCUCAAAAGCUUAAACCACAUAUGUUUAGUCCGAAAAGUCUGGCAACGCAGCCGGCCCAGUAGCACGUCACUUGUUUUCCUUUCGUUGUUCGAUUCUCGGCAAAGUCAUGAGUGCGCUGUUCAACUUCCAGAGCCUGCUGUCGGUCAUCCUCCUGCUGAUCUGCACAUGCGCCUACCUCCGCUCGCUGUUCCCCAGCAUCAUUGAUCGCAACAAGACCGGCUUACUGGGCUCGUUUUGGAAGCUGGCGAGGAUUGGCGAACGCAAGUCACCGUGGGUGGGAGCCGCCUGUGUGAUAAUGGCCUUUACCGUUCUUUUCUGGACCUGAAUGGCCCUCGGCUGUGCACCAGGUGUAGAUCUCCCCCGAUUCCAAUUCCAAAUCCCGCGAAAUGUAAAGGAUUCUAAAUAUACGCUGCGUUUUCCAGCACUGGCCAUGGUA